AUGACUUUCUCACUUGAACCUCCCUACGCCACCGACGAACCCGAGCAUAAGUGAGUCAUUUUAAUAAUUCGCUCAAAUGUCUCAAUUAAAUUCAUUUUUUUCUAGAGGGAACAGAAGCCGGGUAGCGUCGGAGUAUGACGUCACAGCAGAUAUGACGAAGCCGUACUACAAUCCUCGAGGUUUGGGUCUUUACGUCCUAAAACGGAGUUGUUGCAGGUCUGAACUGGUUCGUGACGGGUCUUUUCGUUGUGGGAGACCUUGCCGGAGGAGGUCUCGUGGCUCUCCCAACUGCCAUGAUCCAAUCUCGUCAGUUUUUCUAUUUCAUAACUUUCCUUUUCCUUGCACUUUUUUGUUUCUUGUGGCUUCACCCAUGUUUACUCAUAAUCUACGGGAAAGUCAAGUUGAGGCCAGUUUAAACCUUCAAAAAAAAUUUUUUUUGGACUCAUUCAUGUUAGUUAAGUCCUCGACACCCUUUCAAAAAAAAUAGAGGCCGCUGUCAAUUUGCAGUGCUUCUUUUGAUUUUUAUCGCUUUCCUGCCUAUCAAACCAUAGCCUGUCGAUAAAGCUACAAUGUCCUUUUGGAAAAAAGGAAACGUAUCAACUUUCACACACAAUUUGAGACUGAUUAUCAGGGGAUUAGUGUAAGAAACGCAUUGAAAGAUUUUUCGUUUAGCGUAUUCUAAGAGUGAAAGCAACGAAGAAAUAAAAUUCACAAACUUGGGAAACGUUUUUUUUUUUCUCGAUGUGCGCAAAGUUUGAAUCGGAAUUUUUUUUAAUGGUUUUAUAAGUUCUCAGAAGUUUCGAAUAUAAAUAUCAUAAAUUUCAAAUAUAAAGCGGAUACUAAACGCUUUGGUUCAUUUAUUAUUUAAAAAAUUUAAUACUUUCGGGGGUUUCGGAAGGGCCGAACUAACACCAUUGUCAAGCUUGAGGAAAAGCUCCUUUCGUAGCUUUUAUUCACUAUAAAAAGGCAAAAACCAGUAGUUUUCGAAGCAAUGAUCCUUGUUUUUGCACAAACAGUGAGAUUUUCGAAGAAAUUAUUAAUUUGAAGAGAAAUACUUACACAAGCUCAAUGGGAAAAUGAAUCCGAAGCAAUUUGUCGGUUCCGUGAAAAAGAAAGAGACAACGAAAAAUACAGAGUUCUACGCGGGUCUGGUGGUUUGCGUGGUGAUGAUCUGCGUGGUGACCUACACGGCCUACGUACUCGGACUCAGUUGGAACAUACUGCUCAACACCUGGCCCCAGUACCGUCACCACUGUCGCAAGCCUUAUCCGGAGAUCGGAGGUCGUGCUUUGGGUCCGAUAUGCCAGUGAGUACAGCCUACAGUUCAGAAGAAAAAACACUUUUUUUUCUUUCGUUCCCAAAAAUCAGAUUCAGUGAAAAGUGUGGAGAUCCACAAUGCUUUUUGAUAGGAGUUUACUUUUUUGUUCCUUUAUUUCUAGCAAACGUAUUUCUUCAAAAAAUGGUGUAUAUUUUUAUACUAAAAAAAAGAAGUGUAACAAUACAGUGGUCAAAAUUUUACAUUAAUUGUCUAGAUCUCAUUUUCAAAAUUCAGGGAAAAAAACCUUCAGAAAGUUUGCUUUCAGGACAUUGGUGUCGAUCUGCAUUGACGUGACUCAAUUUAUGAUCGCUGUUGUGUAUCUUCUGCUGUCGUCGAAAAACAUUCAGAACUUCAUCAAGGCGUUCUUCGGCGGGAACAUCAGCUUCUGUAUCGUGAUCCUGGUCGUCGCUGUCUGCCUUCUUCCACUCACUUUCCUCAAAUCGCCGCAAGAUUUCUGGUUGGUUUAGACUCCCCAAAAAUUUCAACGGUUUUCAUCAUCUCGUUAAGCCGGCUCAAGAUAAACAUUUGUCUCGCGGGCAAGAAUUACAGCGAUAACCUUAUAAGCACAUGAGGUUGAUUCCGAAAUUAGUCUUAGUCGAUGGUUUCGGUUAUCAAGGAAUGCAAAGAGGAUUCAUUCAGUAACGUGAGGGAAAGUGAAUUGAUGUCGGUUUGAAUAUUCAAACGUUCAAUUUUGUUAAACCAAUUAAAUUGCUUUAACAAAUGAAAUUAUCUAAGCGCGCAUGAGAUUUCAAAUGAUUGCUCUGUUGAAACGUAGUUUACUUUUCUAUGAGAACAAGAUGAAAAUAAUGAGAAAAAAAGCACUUUUUAACAUUCACAAGAAACCUUGAUUACUAUUUGUUGACUUUUGAUUCCUCUAGCUAGAUUCCUUCCGCAAGCCAUUUCUUCAAAACGAUCCAAAAAAUAUGUUUUCACACUGUUCGAUAGAGGAGACUGUCAAUUUUCAUAAUCCGUUUAGUUUUUGAAAAAAGGUUCACUAAGAAAAAAGUUAUGGCCAAAAAACUAGCGCGCGCAACUGGAGGCAAAAUCUCACGGUUUACCCGCUGCCUCACGCUUUCUUUUUAAAUUUUUUUGCGCGUUUCUGAACCGUUUUCGAAUCGGUUUUCUGUUCUGAAAGGUUGUCAGAACUGAGCUUCAUGUUUUGGUAUGAAUCUUUUGUACAAUCCUCAUAAGAAUUUCUGAUAAAAUAUCAAAAAAACUACUUAGAAAAAAAGGUCAGAAGGAAUGUUCAGCUCAUUUUUUUCUUUUUUUUCUAAUCAGAAAAAAAUUAUUAUCCUUUGGUUUGGAAAUAGGAAAAAAAUGAAAAAAAUAAUGUUAUAUCGAAAUAAAAACAGGAAAAAGUGCAAUUUGAAUACGAAAAACGGCUCCUGCAACAUUUAAAAUGGCGCAUCGGUGUGUUUGACGCAAACACAGCCGCGGACACUUGCACGAAUUCUUCCAAAAUUUCAAAAAAAUUGCCAUUUUUUUCGAGGUUUUUCAAAAGCCGUUAUUUUUUUCGCGUCGUUAGAUUUUUUUCAUAAUUUUUUUCAUUGAUAAAGUUUUUGAACGCUUAAUAACAUAAGCAAAACGUAUAGACGCGAUCCUAUUCUCUCAUGCGUCAACGAGGCAGACGAAAAAAGGAGGUUUUGGUAAAAUUCACACAUAAUUUGAUUCGCUGUCCCAAUAAUUAUUUUUCAUUCUGAAUUUUUUUAUUUUUUUGAACACAUUGUGAGUUAUUAAAUCAAAUAAAAAGUAUACCAUGUCGCUGAAAUUUCUUCGCAUUUCAGCUUCAAAGUUUGAUACAAGCUUCGAUCGCGUCGUUAGAUUUUUUUCAAAAUUUUUUUACUCGAAAAAAAUAAAGAAAGUGUUAAUAUAUAACAUACUCAAAAAUUUAGAAGCGUUCCUAACUUGGUUUUCUGAAACGCGACUGAAACUUGUCAGUUUUUUUCGUGUUAAAUCUUACUUUUUCGCUUAUUUUUGAAAAAUACGUAGUUUUAAAAAUAUCCAGUCUUGUAGAGCGUUGUCGAUUACAUAGGUUUUCAGGAACAGUUGAUUUUUAAAGUGGGACUUUAGCUAGUAUAAACGCCUCAAAACCGUUUUUGCAACAAAAAAAACGUCAUUUUGGUGGCGUGAAGGGGCGGGGCUUUGCGCCCCCUACCUCUAGCGUGAUUUUUCAAGAGAUUCAUUAAAAGUUUGCAAAACAAUACUCCAAGAGACAUUAAAAGUUCAUCUCAAAAUCUCUGAAAAAAAAAAAAAAAUAAUGGAAAAUAUAAGUCGUUAACAAAAGAGGAAAGAUGACAUUUUGAGGUGGGCCGUGGUUAUCGCCAUGAUCACUACGUCCUGCGCAGUCAUCCUCAUCAUUGUCGGCUCGUCGAUCGAUCUCGAGGCUUGCCAUCCUCUCAAGUAAUCAUUUUAUCCUUCUUUGCCAAAAAGAAAAUUAAACUGAUCCUCUUCUGAGCGUGUGUUCUGUAGACAAAUGCCAUCGUUCAAUAUCAAAAACUACUUUCUCGCUUUGGGAACGUUUCUUUUCGCCGUCGGAGGUCAUUCGGCUUUCCCCACCAUUCAGCACGACAUGAGAAACCCAGCUCAGUUCACUUGGAGCGUCGCUCUAGCCUUCUCCGGCACGUCUUCUUUUUCAUUUCCAUCAAAACGAAAAACCUUCCAGUUAUGGCUAUGAUGUACAUCCCGGUCUGCAUCAUGGGCUGGUACGUCUACGGGGACUCGCUACGCGACUCCAUCAUUCCUUCCAUCCAGGUCUCGUCGAACUCUCUUGAAGCAAAUUGAGCAAAGUUUCAGACGGUUUGGAUUCAACAAGCAAUCAACAUUCUCAUCACCGUCCAUUGCAUUCUUACACUCACAAUCGUCUUCAACCCUCUCAAUCAGGAAAUCGAAGACCUUCUUCAAGUUCCUCACAGUCCGUGAGAAUUUCGAACCGAAAAAAAAGCAAUUUAUGUUUCAGAGUUCGGAAUUCAGCGUGUUGCGGUUCGAACAGGAAUCAUGUUUGCGGUCGUCGUAGUCGCUGAAUCCGUUCCCGUUUUCGGACCUUUGCUAGACCUUGUCGGUAAGGAUCUAAGCGUUCUCAAUGAAUCUCGUUUUUGUCACUACAUAUAUAUAUAAACAAAAGUUCAAAAAAUGUCUAAGGCUUGAUAUUUAUAUUAAUCUCGAAUUCGCAAAUUUAGAGUUUUGAUGAGCAGAUGAAUCAUUUCCAGGUGGGUCUACCUUGACGUUGACUUCUGUUAUUUUGCCGUGUCUUUUCUACCUGUUUCUACAAGCCUACAAAAACAAGGAAGAAGUAACAGGAAAGCCUGGAGACGGUCCCGUUUCUUUUAAUGAGUUUGUUUGAAAAGUUUUUUAAGUGUUAUUGCCACUUUUUCAGUGUGUUCAAUUACAACGAUCAAAAGACGAUCGUUGUUUGUUGUAUCAUCAUGGGUCAGUUCAAAACAAUUAUUAACGUAGGCCGAGAAAUCGAGAACGAUUUCAAAUGUUUCCAAAAAUCAUAGGAGCGCCGUCGAAAACAUAGGGAUGGGCAAACCUAACGUUUUUAGUCGGAGGCUCUAUGCAAAGAAAUGGUAUGCGCAUUUACCGUGUAAAGGUAAGUUGCGCACUACUGGACAAUCAUUCAGAAGUUUUUUCUUAUUAGUGCUGAAAAACAUUAAUUCAGAGAAAUUUCUUUAUGCUUUCCAUUUUUUAGCAUAAUCAAAAGCUGGUGAAAUUUCACAGGUUUGUCGCAUUCUUUUUUAUCUCAUGCUUUUGUUCCGAAAUAAAGACCAGCUAUAACAAAAAGAGCCUGUGGCCGCUUCUUUCAAACAGAAAUUUGCAGUGAUCGGGGUGAUAGGCGGCGGAGCUGCGACCUACUCGGCGAUCGUCGAACUGACGACAACCGACUUCGCGCUGCCUUGUUACGUUUCCGUCUUCAUGCAUGUGAGCGCAACUUUGAAGGAAUCCCCAUCUGCAACCAAAUGUUGCAGAACAACAACAGCGAUCCUGGAAACGAUCAGACCAACUGCUGCGGUGCAGCACAGGACUUCACACACAUAUCGGGGCAACAAUGUUCUCCACCAAACUUACAUUUUUACGAUUAA